AACCAUCAAGCCGGAUAUUCAGAUGGAUCCUAGAUGAAACAAAAAAUAGAUUUUUUGGGUUGUCCAUCGACAUUUUCACUAGCAAUCCUCAGCUUGCAAGGCAACGAAGUAAAGAAUGACCACCGGAACUAAAGGAAAGGUGCUUCUCGCUUAUUCUGGUGGCCUGGACACCUCAUGCAUUUUAGCGUGGUUGAUUGACCAGGGCUACGAGGUGAUGGCCUAUAUGGCGAAUAUUGGCCAGGAGGAAGACUUUGAAGCUGCUCAGAAGAAAGCGCUCGCUAUCGGUGCUACCAAGGUGUUCGUGGAGGACCUGCGUAAAGAGUUUGUAGAGGACUUGGUGUGGGCUUCAAUUCAAGCUAACUGUCUGUAUGAGGGCGUGUACCUCCUUGGCACCUCUCUUGCGAGGCCUGUGAUCUGCAGAAAGCAGAUCGAGAUAGCUGUUCGUGAAGGAUGCGACUAUGUGUCUCACGGUUGCACCGGCAAGGGCAAUGACCAAGUUCGCUUCGAGCUUGGCUACUAUGCACUGAAACCCACCAUAAAAGUCAUUGCUCCUUGGAGGGACCCCGCCUUCUAUGAGCGAUUUCCUGGUCGACCAGCCCUUCUCGAGUAUGCUGCCGAAAAGGGUAUCCCGGUCUUUCAGACUGCAGCUAAGCCAUGGUCAACCGAUGAAAACCUCUAUCAUAUCUCCUUUGAGGCGGGCAUCUUGGAAGAUCCCAAUGUGACACCACCGACGGACAUGUGGAAAUUGACUGUCGAUCCGGAAGACGCACCAAAUACUCCUGAGCGCAUUGCUGUUCAUUUUGAAAAUGGCAAACCGGUGAAGGUUGAGAACGCAACCGAUAAAGGCACCGUUUACACGGACCCCCUUGAACUGUUCCUAUACCUCAACCAACUGGGCCGGAAACACGGAAUUGGCCGCAUUGACAUUGUAGAGAACAGGUUCAUCGGAAUUAAGUCGCGAGGGUGCUACGAAACGCCUGGCGGCACAAUUCUACGUGCAGCGCAUGUCGACUUGGAAGGGUUAACAUUGGAUCGCGAAGUCCGCCGGUUGAAGGAUCAAUACGCUCAGCGCCUCUCUGAGAUUAUUUACAACGGGCUUUGGUACUCACCGGAACGUGAGUUCAUUAUGUCGAGCGUGGAGUACUCACAGAAGGCCGUCAACGGUGUUGUCAAACUCAAACUUUACAAGGGCAAUGUAAUUGUCGAAGGGCGCUCGUCACCAAAUUCCCUGUAUGACGAGAAAAUUGCCUCCAUGGAUGAAGCAGGUGGAUUUAAUCCGUCAGACUCUGAAGGGUUUAUCAAAAUCCAAAGUAUCAGGCUAAGGGCCUACAUGACUCAAAAGGAUCUCUUGCAAGGUGGCCGGUAGUUGAUAGGAUGUUCACGUAUCUUUGUUUAUCCAGACAUUUAUGUACCGCAUACUAUUCAUUGUUCUGACAAUUCUGGGUGCAUCACACCAUGUACGACAACCUUCCCUCUUCAGACUGUGGACAUGAAGCAACUUGGCCUAAGAGGGAGGUUUUUACCCUAGUACUUUACAACUCUUUCUGCAUUGUUGAUAACGCAUUAUGUAGCUCUCGUCUGUGGCCAUGGUUUUCCGUCCAAUCAGCGCUGCAGUACUUAAAAUAUAAAACUAGGUAUGUGCGUGGGUGUCGGAUGAUGUUACUGGCUCAGGAUGUAUCGAUAGACGAUGGACUUGACUCGACUCCAGAUCCAUGGCAUCAUAACUUUACAAGGAAGGAUGAGCCAUCGGUGGAACUUCUUCACAUGAGCUAACGGCGAUACCUUGGUUCUGCCGUCCGGCAUAAGAGCCAGCUCCAAUUCUUCCAACCGCUACCCCGCGAGAAAGGAUACAGGCUCGGCUCCUCAUUCCCACGUGAUGAUCUCCCGUGCAGCAUUGUUUGCUCGUGUACAUGCUGCUUAAGUUGCUCAUGUGUGGUAACUCCGUUACAACUUAUGAACGUAUGAUAACACGACAUUCCAACUACCGACCACCCAAUGAGAAAGCAAUACACCAUGAGCACCAGAUUCACCGGUUCGCGACGUAUCGCCCACAAGAAACCACCUUCUUCGCUGUUGUCACUCCUUGUUCCAUCUCGAGAAGUUUUAAGUAGCCCGGCAAGACUAAACGCAAAAAUAUAUAGUGCCAGGGCAGAACAACUGCAUAGAAACGAAUAGAAGUAGCGAUAAUUCCUCUUUCCCA